AUGUCAUUCAUCCGUCUACAAGAGAGCACAUCCAGGCCUGACUCGAAGAAUAUGGCUACUGAAGGAGAAGCAGCAGCAGAUGAUGGUGAGGCCGUCAAAUUCGUGUGUCUCGGAGGAGGCAACGAGGUAGGUCGUUCAUGUCAUAUUGUACAAUACAAGGACAAGACAAUUAUGUUGGAUGCAGGUGUUCAUCCUGCGUACAACGGUCUUGAAUCUCUACCGUUUUACGAUGAGUUUGACCUAUCAAAGGUUGACAUUCUUCUCAUCACACAUUUCCACUUGGACCAUGCCGCGUCCUUGCCCUAUGUCAUGAGGCAUACCAACUUCAAGGGCCGAGUGUUCAUGACUUAUCCUACAAAGGCUAUAUAUAGAUGGUUACUGAACGAUUUCGUGAGAGUCACGAGUAUACAUAACGACAAGGACUCAGACCAGACGAACUCGACGCUAUAUACUGAUGCAGAUUUGAACGAGUCCUUUGACCGAAUUGAGCCCAUUGACUUCCACUCCACGAUAGAAGUGGAUGGUAUCAGAUUCACGGCGUACCAUGCAGGUCAUGUUUUGGGUGCGGCCAUGUAUUUUGUGGAGAUCGGUGGAAUCAAGUUCCUGUUCACUGGAGACUACUCGAGAGAAGAAGACAGACAUCUGGCAUCUGCAGAAGUUCCUCCGAUGAGGCCGGAUCUCCUGAUCACGGAGUCUACUUUUGGAACUGCGACCCAUGUGCCUAGAAUCGAGAGAGAGACCAGAUUGAUGAACAUAGUCCAUGCGACAUUAGCACAAGGAGGAAGGUGUCUUUUGCCUGUGUUUGCUCUAGGGAGGGCUCAAGAGAUUCUGUUAAUCUUGGACGAGUACUGGGAAACCCACAAAGACUUAGAGCGGGUUCCUAUUUUCUACGCUUCAGAUCUGGCAAAAAGAUGUAUGGCGGUGUACCAGAGAUACGUGAAUAUGAUGAACGAGAACAUAAGAAAGGCCUUUACAGAAACAAACAAAAACCCAUUUGAGUUCAAGCACAUCAAAAGCAUAAGCAACUUGGAGAGAUUUGAUGACCUGGAUCCAUGCGUGAUACUGGCGUCGCCCGGUAUGCUUCAGAGCGGGUUCUCAAGAGAGAUUCUGGAGAGAUGGGCUCCCAAUCCUCUCAACUCCUUGAUCAUGACGGGUUAUUCCGUUGAGGGAACCAUGGCCAAGGACAUUCUCACUGAGCCCUCGGAAAUACCCUCCGCGUUCAACUCAGAGGUAAUGAUCCCUAGAAGAAUGAACGUCGAGGAGAUCUCGUUUGCUGCCCAUGUGGAUUAUGAGCAAAACGCAAAGUUCAUCGAGCUUGUGAACCCCAAAGCCAUUAUAUUGGUUCAUGGCGAAUCCCGGCCCAUGGGAAGGUUGAAGUCAGCUUUGCUCUCAAAAUACCAGAAGUUCAAGAAUACAGAUGAAGAAGUCAAGAUUUACAACCCCAAGAACGGUGCAGAGGUCAAUCUGAAGUUCAGAGGUGUGAAGAUUGCUCAUGCCAUGGGAAUAAUGGCCGAGGAAAUUCCGAAAGAGAAGAAGAUAAUUAGUGGUGUGCUGGUUCAGAAAGAUUUUGACCUAAACCUUCUGAAGCUUGAGGACCUUCGUGAAUAUUCCGGGUUGACUACCACAAUUGUCAGGGAGAGACAGGUGAUGAAAUGUUGUGCAGGAAGACAGCUGAUCCACUGGCACUUGUCUCAGAUGUUUGGUUAUGUGGAGAUGCUCGCCGAUGAGCUAGACGAGUACACUGUCAGAGUUAUGGACUCUGUCAUUGUUACUCUAGAGGAUAAAGAUAUUUGUACCGUGCAAUGGAGCAGUGGAAUGAUGACAGAUGCAAUUGCAGACUCUGUGAUUGCCAUCCUUAUGAGUGUGGACUCUUCGCCUGUUUCAGUGAAGAUGUCGUCGAAACCCCAUACCCACAGUCAUGAUCAUGAAGAUGACGAACCUAAGGUCAAAGAGGAACCAGAAGACAGUGAAAAGUCCUCCACAGAGCCUGUGGUGAAAAAAGAAGAAGAGGAAGAUGAUGAUUUGAAGGUUGAGUCCGAUGAUGACAAGUCGAUUCUUCUGCACACAGACGCGUCUGAGAAGACCCGGAUUAAAAGAAUUGUCGAAAUACUCAGAGUACAGUUUGGUGAUUCCCUUCAAGUUCCAGACGCUGACGAAAUUACAGGCGUUACCGUGGAUAUUGCUGGAAAGAAGGCUGAGGUGGACUUUUCAGACAUGUCUGUGGUUAGUGAGUCAGGAGUACUCAAAGGUAGAAUUGAGAGUGUUUUAACCAGAGCAGGAGAUCUAGUUGCUCCAUUAGCCAGAGAGAUGACAUGA